GUUUUUACUUUAAAAUUAAAUAGUUUUAGUGAUUUAAUUAUCGUAAAUGACCUUAGAAUCAGUAGAUUUAGUGAUUAUAUAUAAGGACAAAUGUUAGUGAGUGAUUUCGUUGCGAGACAACAAUAGAAAUCCAUCGUAAAGAAACGGCUGUCAUCCCAACGGACUGAUUUGAAAGUGUUCGAGACGUACAUAAAACCCGGGGAGUAUUUGCUUAUUUACUAUUUAUUCGAUAUUCUGUCCACUCAUUUAACUAUUUUUCUAUACGCAGCAUAUAUAUUUAAUGUUAAAUGACCAAAUUAUCUUCAAGCUGCGUCUAAAUAUGCCCCUUAACUUAUAAGUUAAAUAAGUUUACAUGUGUAUGACUUAACGAUAUCAGCUGUUUUAUGUGGUCAUUAUUAGAUUAUAUCUCAAAUUCCAAUGAAUUAUUCUUAUCAACAAUUGAUUACAAAUUCAUUCUAGUGAUCAAAUACUUUAAUUUUCAAAUGAUACAUUAGAAAAAAAAUAUACCCUCAACAACUUUUUAAUAAGUAUUUUAUUUUAUUUUUUGGUUUCUAGGUACAUAAUUUACCUGAAUUCUAAUUAAACAAUACAGAGUACUCUUUUCCUUAUAAUUAGCUUUAGAAUCUUUAACUCUGUAUUGAGUGUUAAAACAUUUCUCCAGUCCUUUGUUUCCAAACUUUACUUUUUAACUUUCUCUUUCUCCCUUCACUUAGCUGUCUCUUCUCACAUUCCAGGGUGCCUCAGGGUUAGCUAUUCAUCAUGGUUACCCGUAGAGCUGCAUUUGAGGAAAAGUUGAGGGCUACGUUGAAAGAAUUGGAAACUAGCAAAAACCUGUGUAAACAGCUGCUACAAGAACGGGAUGAUAGCGAGGUAGAAGUUAAGGUUAUUGUAGACAAGAACACUGAACUUAAGAACCAGUUGGCUGAAUUACAUAUAGAACAUAUGGAUUUACUCGACCAAAAUCAACACCUAAAUCAACUUGUAUCAAACAUGCAAGAGUGCAGCGACACACAUGAACUGGCCUUAGGACGGAUCUCUGAGCUGGAACAUGAGCUAAGCAGAGCCCACAACACCAUCACACAGUUGGAGUCUGCAAAGUCCAGUGAACGGUCUGCGAACACCUGCAGCCUGUACGAUGAACUUGUUGGUAGUGCGUCUGGUUCUUGUAAUCAGCCAAUGAUAACAAUUGACUUGACCAAUGAUACUUUAGUACAGAAUAAAAUUACAAGUAAUACACACAACAAAAUUAAAAAAUAUUUAAAAAUUAAUAAGGUUGUCAAAAAACUUAAGAAAACUUUGAGAAAGUACACAGUUUUUAAAUCGAAUAACAUAUUAAGAAGAAAGAACAUUAAUUUAAUUAAAGAUUUAAAUAAUUGUGAACAUCAAUUGGACAUUAGUAGGACAAGGUAUGAUAGUGACAUCCAACGUUUACAAGCUGAACUUUGUAUUAAAGAAAAUACCAUUAGGGACAUUUUCCAUAAAUAUGAAGAUUCACAGCAGGACCUAACAAAGCGUUUGCAGGAGGCCUGUGAGCUGGUAGACUUAGUCAUACAAAAUGCAGAGAAGUAUGACUUGCUUACAAAUAACAUCUCUUGUAACUGUUCAUGCCUCCCAACAUCUGAAACCCACUGUGUAACACCCACACACGUGCCACAGUGUGUGUCACCCUCACAGGAGCCCCAGUCUGUCACAACCCUGGCCACUCAAUUUGAAGAAUAUUCAGACAAGGUUACAAGUUAAAUAAGGACCACUACUUAGCGAUAAUUGAUCCUGAUAUUGAGUUGUGUAGCGGUGAGUACGUCAUGCUCCCUUAGACGGCACUGCUUGCGGUAGCGUCGGCGGUCGGGUUGCUUCCCUCCCUCAAAGAUGUGCGAGGGGGGCGAUGGCUGAUCCUCGCGUUAUGCUCGUGAACGGGUGCUGCUUGUGGUGCCAGGUCGUCUUACUGACUAUACUAUAAGUAGUAUUAUAUAAUUUUGUAGACUCUUUUCUUAUACUUCUUUUUUUUUUACUGGCUGAGCGGUCCAAUUUACUAGAUUCAUUACUUACCCAUGUUGUACAUUACACAGGGUUGCAAUAGAAUAUCACAUGAAGGUGGGCACUCCCUCAUAAACUA